AUGGAAAGCUCACCCACCUACAACGAUAUAGACAUCUUGAUCUCGGUCGAUCUGAGCACCGAUCCGUCAGCUAUUCAAAAAGUUAAAGCUGCUGUCCUUGAUGCACUGAUGCGUUUCCUUCCGGAAGAAGACCUCUGUGCCCUUCCCAACACCUGGCCCUAUCACUUUGAUUCGCUUCCUCCAUCCGUGGGUCAACGAUCGAAAUGUUCCUCUCUGUCUCAGAGUACUGCAGAUAGUGAUAGAUUUUCCUCAGGUUUUGAAGCACAACCUCUCUUCGUUCCCCAAUUGAAAAAGUCCACCGUCGCAACAGACACUUGCUUACCGGAAGAUAUCUCAGAUAUCGUACCAGAAUUGAACGGCAAGGAUUCAGCGGCUAUUGCAAACCCAACCAGUUCGGGCAGAUCGCAAUUCCUGGAAGACGCCGGUGUAAGUGGCAAUGUUUUGUCAAUCAGUUCGCCUUUUUCAACUGCUUCUCAAACGUCUGUCAAUAAUCUCUCACCCAGUUCAAUCCCUGGUCUAUAUUCUCCUAGUGUGCCAUCCCCCGUGCAAUCGAUUCCACCUCAUUCGAUUACUGCAACAAGCAGUAUGAGCCUGCGUGAAUCGUACAUUUACAAACAGUUCCGUAAAUAUGGUACAAACGAUGCAGACUGUUGGUCGCUGCUCUCGCUCGGCGUCCCCUCAUCUAGAUCUAAAGUGGUGGAGUUCAAAUUUGUCGAUCGGAUGCGUCGACAAUUUGAAUUCACCGUGGACAGUUUCCAGAUUCUUCUGGAUCCAAUUUUGUCGUUUAUUCGAGAUCAUCCUGAAACAGAAAUGACACCUAACUUCUAUCCCACCGUCGUGGCUGAAUCAGUGGCGGGUUCUUUCUCACUGGCUUUGCAUCACUUGAAAAAUAAACUCAUUCUGACCAAAGAGCCAGAGAUGAUCCGCGGUGGAGGACUUCUCAAAUAUUGUCGCCUUUUGGUCAACGGAUAUCAGGCGCCUAAUGGUAUCGACAUCUGUUCUCUAGAGCGAUACAUGAGCUCACGAUUUUUCAUUGAUUUUCAAGACUUGGAAAGCCAGAAAGCAAAAAUCGAGGCGUUUUUGGCCAACCACUUUUCUGAUCAUGAGUUUGACCAGAAAAUCGAAUUUCUCAAAACAGUGUAUCGAGUUGUAAGCGGCUCGACAAUUUGUCUCAUGUCAUACGAACGUUAUCAGACACUGAAUUUGAUUUGUGGACUUCUGCAACAACUGACGCAGCAUCAAUUUGAAGCCCAUCGAUCACCAACGCUCAGCCUGGAUUGGUUAACUGAACAACAAAACCUGGUGCUUGAUAGGGUCUUUUUGGGAACGCAACUGUUCCCAGUGAUUUCCAGUGCACGACCUCUUCGGUAUUCCUGUUGUCAAUGUGGUCAAGGAACGACUGGGUUAGGUUGUACAAACCCUAUUUCCCAUAUUGGUCUUUCAUGUGGGUUUGAUGUGAAUGAGGCAAAACUCGAGGCCGUUGAUCCGUCCGUUCCGUCAACGAGACAACAACCACAACACGAAAGAUCUUCGAAACCUACAGUCGAAUCGUAA